GUGGGCCAGGACCGCCUCUGGCAACGCCCGUUUGGAAGCUGCGGGGACGGGGAUGGGGCAGGCCGGGUAGGAGGAUCGAAGCCGCGUCGACGGCGUCAAGAAGGAGCCGGUCUGGUUCCAGAUCUCGCCGCGUCGCCGAUGCAUAUCUGCGAUGCGGCGCGGUCCUCCGACCCUGUCAGCUCCAGCCAGGUUGGGCCGGCUUGAAUCCUCGAAACAGCCCUCGUCGAAUGCGAAGUUCACCUCCAGAGGGACGGCGUCUGGCAGGAGGCCAGCUGCAACGUCUUGAAUACCCGUCAGGAUGCAUUGGGCACAAUCGACCUUCGAGAGCGACGGGUGGCGGAGCGUGCCUCCCGAGACCAGCGGCAUGCGCAACACGCGGAUCUGCGGUAAAGCGUGCUGUCUCGCCACCUUCGCCUGGAUAUUCGCAGACCGACGCGAUGACGCUCGCAGCAGUGUUCCGCAAGAAAGCGCCGAACUCGGACGGGUCAUGGAUGACAUCUCCAAUCCGCUCCGCGUCAUCCUCCAGACCUCCCAACGCAAUGCUGCUCUUGCCGAUGGGGCCCACCGUGUAGACCAGCGCGACGUUGUGCUGGCCGAGCGGCCUGCACGCCGCCGUGAAGAUGUGGACGAAGACCACGCCGAAGCUCUUGAAGGCGCCCUCGAAGAGACGGCAACCCGACCUGGCGCCGUGGGAACGCAGCGUGCUGGCGCCCGCGGGCACGAGGGUGCCGGGUGCCUCUGCGCGGGUCUGCUCCAGGAGCUGCUGGUGGAGCUCCAGGUAGCGGUCCACGUCUUGCGGCUCCUGCACCGUCGUUUCUUCUUCUGGAUGGCCCCGUUGUGGCCGCCGCCCCCGACGAAGAGCAUCUCGUCCCCGGGAGCCACAGCGGCGAACGCCAGCGCGCCGGGGCCUUUCGCCUCCUCGUAAGGCCUCGUAUAGGGGGUCUCCUGGCCCAGGCCGGUGGAACGACCACGUCACGGCCUCUGCCCGGCCGGCGCACAGCGUCUCGGCGCCCGCCCGCGAGAGGGCGCCGGCGCCCGGGGGCUCCCCCGCGGCGCGGCGCAGGCCGCCGUGCCUG